CAAUCACCCUGAAAAGGAACAGACAGUCAAAGCCUGUAUGAUCGAGAAUCUAAAAUGACGAGGAAAGUAUCCACGCAUGAGAUUUCCCAACAUGCCAGCGAAGAAGACGUUUGGAUCGUCGUCAAUGGCAAAGUCUACGAUGUGACCAAAUUUGCACCAAACCACCCUGGUGGCGCCGACAUUAUCUACCAUUUUGCCGGUCGGGAUGCAUCGAAACCAUACAAUAGCACUCACUCGCCGUCGUUGAUCAAGGAGCUUGACGAUCAUGUUAUUGGUGAGCUGGACACCAGCACCAUCACGGGAGAAUGGAGCAAAGAGGAAACAGAGCAACGAAAAGCCUUCAACCCGGCCGACGUGACAUACCAAAAACCACUUUUGGAAGAUAUCAUCAAUCUUGACGACUUCGAGCAUGUCGCCAUGAACACCCUCAGCCCAAAGUCGUGGGCAUAUAACAGCGGAGCGGCAAAUGAUAACUUCACGCGAGAUGCAAAUCGGUCUUUUUUCAGAGACAUUUGGUUCCGCCCAGCUAUCAUGCGCAAUGUGUCAAAUGUCAAUCUCAGGUCUACCUUAUUCGGAUGUGACCUCGAUAUCCCCGUCUACAUCUCACCCGUCGGCGCUGCAAAGACGGUAUUCGAAGAGGGCGAGUUGGCACUUGCUCGCGGCGCCGCCAACUCUGGGAUUCCGUAUUGCCUAUCUACGAUGAGCUCGUACUCUUUGUCGGAAAUCCUCGAAGUGACCUCCAAACCAGUGUUCUACCAGCUCUACAUCAACAAAGACCGACCAAAGACGGAAGCGCUUGUUCGUCUAGCGCAGGAGUCGGAUAAGGUUAAGGCACUGUUUGUGACGGCCGAUUUACCUGUCAUGUCGAAGCGAGAGGCAGAUGAACGUAUCAAGCCGGAGGGAAAUGCUGUCCUGGUCAAAGUGACGGAAGGCAGUAAGCAUGUUGGAAAGAAGAGCGCUGGUCUGGCCAAAUCUAAUAGCUCUAUGAUCGACUCUACGCUGAGCUGGAAAGAUCUGAAAUGGCUGAGAAGCAUCACCAAUCUUCCGAUUCUUGUCAAAGGUGUUCAACGUGCCGAGGAUGCUCUGUUGGCGGUGCAAGCUGGAUUUGACGGAAUCGUUAUCAGCAACCAUGGAGGUCGGGCUGCGGAUACGGCUCCACCGGCUAUAUUAAUUCUUCUGGAGAUCCAUCGUUACUGCCCAGAGAUAUUUGGUAAGAUCAAGGUGUUGGUGGAUGGAGGCUUCCGCCGUGGUUCGGAUGUUGUGAAGGCUAUUUGUCUCGGCGCCUCGGCCGUGGGCCUGGGUAGACCAUUCCAGUACGCACUGGGAUAUGGACAGGAGGGGGUGGGGCAUGCGGUUGAAUUACUCAAGGAGGAGAUACAAACAUCCGCGCAGCUGGUGGGUAUGACGGAUUUGAUGCGCGAUGCUUCACCAACGUACCUCAACACGGCAGGAGUGGAACACUUGUUGCCUCCGAACUACAUAUCUAGCCAGAAGGGUUUCCUUCGUCGUCUCAUCAAGUUGUAAAUACUACUACUAGCUCUUAAUCGUGGCUCAUCGUCAUGAAACUGAU